AUGUUACGCUCGACGUUCGCUCCCACUCGUGUCGCCCGCCUCGCUUCUGCCGCAUUGCGGACCCGCACCUCCCUCUGUCCUCCCGUGCGGCACCUGCCCCUCCGCGUGGCCGCCCAGCGCCUCGUCGUUGCGCACCCACUCAGCACCACGGCCAUCCUCGCUGCCGAAGACCCCAAGUCGACGGAAGAGAAGCGCCAUCCUCGUGAUCCCGCUGUCCUGCCCUGGCACGAACCGCCUACGAGCGACAGACUUGCUCCCAACACCCAAGUCAAGUUCCACCCCCUGUUCUACUCGACCUACUUCACGCACAUUACGGCGGACGAGGCGCCGCAAGGGUUCGGUCGCGGGGGGGAGGAGGACGAAGGAGAAGAAGGAGAAGAGCAGUUUGACGAACCGGACCACGGUAACGCGUGGGACUUUGACGACUUGGACGACUUUGCGACCGAGCCGGCCUCGCGCAAGGUCAGGGUCGAGCUCGUGUCGGAAGUCUUGCCGCUCAUCGAGAACCCGGACGGCGUGACGGUUCGCCAGGUCUUCGAGGCCAUCGUCAAGCACUGGGACACAGAGAUUCCGCUCAGCAAGUACCAAGAGCGGUAUCUGCGGAAGAAAUUCGACAUUCCGGCCGAGGAGGAACUCGUUUUGACCAAGCGGGACGACUUGGACUUCCUCCGGCACGUCAAGUACAGCGACGAGUACCUCGACGGAAGAACCCAGUUCUGGGCGUCGGUGGACGACGAUUGCGUGCCCCGCUUCUCGCUAUACAACUACGGCAUCGCGGCUGGAACCCACCCGGACAAUUUCCCGCAGCCCGUCGGAGACGGUCCAGUCUCUCGCUUGCUCGUCGAGAUCCCGCCGGAAGACGAGUCGUAG